AUGACUCUUGAGGAACUGAUGGAGCAUCUGUUCCACCCAGACCGUUAUAACAAGAAGAUCAGGCCAGGAGCUAACGACGGGAAGUCCUCAGAAGUGGCUAUCGGUAUGUACGUCCACAGUCUGAGUGCUGUCAGUGAGCUGAAUAUGGAAUAUACCAUUGACAUGUACUUCCGCCAGUUCUGGAACGACCCUCGCCUGGCGUUCAAUCACUCGUAUGAGUACAUCACCUUGGAUUCGUUCUUUAGGUUCAGCAUAUGGCUACCAGACCCCUACUUCAUGAACAGCAAGGAUGAACACUUUCACACAGUUACAGUGCCUAAUAUUAUGAUCAGGAUUGAUGGCAAUGGCGACGUCUUCUACAGCCAAAGGUUCAGUGUGACAUUAUCCUGUGAUAUAGACCUCUUGGCUGCAGGCUCAAUGUGA